AUGUGCCGCAGAUCAGUUGCCACCAACAUGACUUCUGAAAAGCAUUUGAUGUGCAAAUCAACAGUAAUAAUGGGGUCUAAUAUAUCAUAUCUGAACCUUACAGAUCAUCAACCUCCGGGUCAAGACAUCACUAUUUUGGCCAAUUAUUCACAAGAACUAAUUGGGAAUUCUACCAAUAAUGAAUUUACAACUAUUGUUUUACCUAUGCUUUACCUCCUUAUAUUCUUGGCCAGCAUCUUUCUGAAUAGCUUGGCAAUAUGGAUUUUCUUCCACAUCAGAAGCAAGACCAGCUUCAUUUUUUACCUCAAAAACAUUGUAGUUGCAGACUUGCUGAUGACUCUGACAUUUCCUUUUAAAAUUAUUCAAGAUUCAAGAUUGGGGCCAUGGCACUUCCAUUUUUUCUUAUGCCGGUAUACAAAAGUUCUGUUUUAUGCCAGCAUGUAUACAACUAUUGUUUUUCUUGGAUUUAUUAGCCUUGACCGAUAUCUAAAAGUGGUAAAACCAUUUGGGGAUUCAAGGAUGUACAGCAUUACUUUCACCAAGAUUCUGUCAGUUGUUGUUUGGAUUGUUAUGGCAUUUUUAGCUUUGCCAGAUACGGUUCUCACUAGCAGUUACCCAUCUAAGAUAAAUACUGGUGACUGCUUAAAACUGAAAACCCCAUUAGGAGUCCAAUGGCACACUGCUGUCACUUACAUCAAUAACGGCAUAUUUAUAACUGUGCUAAUUGUAUUAAUAGGAUGUUAUAUUGAAAUAUCCAAAUAUAUCUAUAAAUCAAGCAAGCAGUUUAUCAGCUCUUCAAGUCGUAAGCGGAAACACAGUCAAAGCAUAAGGGUCGUUGUGACUGUAUUUUUUAUUUGUUUUUUGCCGUACCAUCUGUGCACAAUACUUUUUAAUUUGUGCCAGUUAGAUUAUUAUUUAGAUGAUUCUGCACACAAUAUCCUGUACUACUGCAAGGAAGUGACUAUUUUCCUAUCGGCAUGCAAUGUCUGCCUAGAUCCAAUCAUCUAUUUUUUUAUGUGUAGAUCAUUUUCACGAAGGCUUUUCAGAAAAUCAGACAUGCGGACAAGGAGUGAAAGCAUCAGAUCACUUCAGAGUAUCAGAAAGUCAGAGGUGCGCAUUUAUCAUGAAUAUACUGAUUUGUGA